CGAGCAUUGUGAGAUCGUGGGCAUCUCAUUGUGUAUGGUGCUCAAGAUGCAACCAAGAUCCAGAAUGGCACUCGUAAGGUUUUGUUCUUUCAUAACUACCAAGUAAACAAUUAUCGUCUUUCAACUCAUAUCCUUUGGGCUACCGGUCUAUCAGAUUCUCACACCAGUCUCAAAUCGCGAUGACUUUGGAAAAGAAUAUUUUUGUUCCUCUGAUUAUUGACAAUAUCGACGUCAAACUUCCUGAGAACUCUCUUACUUUCAAGCCAGAUAGCUCAAAUGCAUCUACAAAUACGAAUCUGAAUGUCAUCGCCCAAGGAACAGAUGUUGCAAAUUGUCAUGCAGCGGUUGACUCUUGUGUUCGGGCUUUCGAGUCGUGGCGUGCAACUCCUCCGGCGGCGCGAAGAGCACUACUCUUGAGACUGGCAGAACUUCUUCGAUCGAAAGGCCCCGAGAUUCUCCAGAUAAUGCGCGAGGAAAUUCAUGCUUCGUCGCAAUGGGCAACCAUCAAUCUCGAAGAAAGUAUCUUGAUGAUCCAAGAGACUGCUGCACUCGUCACAUCGCCUAGUCUCGCAGGCUCUAUACCAUCAUCUCAGGACCCCGAAGGUCAUGCUCUCAUCUUCGUGGAACCCCUAGGCGUCAUCCUUGGAAUCGCUCCAUGGAAUUCUCCUUUGAUUCUUGGCUUCCGAGCUUGCCUCCCUGCAAUUGCAGCCGGAAACACUGUGAUUCUGAAGGGUAGCGAGCUAUCACCACGAAUCCACUACUUCAUUGUAUCUCUGUUUAGAGAAGCCGGAUUCCCGCCAGGGGUUUGUAAUUUCCUCCUUCACCGUGGUACCGAUGCUGCAACUGUUUUUGAAGAACUUAUUGAACGGCAUGAGGUUCGGAAAUGCAACUUCACUGGAAGCACACCUGUUGGAAGACGAAUUGCGAGCAAAGCGGCGGCGAAACUCAAACCAAGUCUUAUGGAGCUCGGAGGGAAGAACUUUGCUGUGGUUCUGGGGGAUGCAGAUAUUCAACAGGCUGCGGAGAUGGUCUGCGAAGGUGCCUUUUUGAACAAUGGUCAGAUAUGCAUGUCAACAGAUACGGUCCUUGUUGCUCAAUCCAUCUUUGCCGAAUUCCGCCAAGCAUUACUUUCAAUCCUCCAAGACCCUCAACGGGCCCCCGAAAUCACGAGCCUCAUAACCACUGCCGCGGCAUAUCGAGUGCAUAAUCUCGUGGCCGACGCUGUUGCAAAAGGUGCUACCGCUCACACCAUCCUCGGAGCCUCGAGCUCAUGGAUGCAUGCCACCCCGGGCAAGACGCUGGCAGAAGUGCCUGCCACGGUCAUCGAAGGAGUUCGUCGGAACAUGGACAUAUCGACCCAGGAGGCCUUUGGGCCUCUCCUUUGCCUGGUACCAUUUGAGGUGGAGGAGGACGCCAUUACGAUCAUUAAUGCAUGCAAGUAUGGCCUAUCAUCGUCCAUCCACACUCGCAGCCAUUACCACGCGCUCCUCCUCUCGAAAAAGUUGAACGUCUCGGCCACGCAUAUCAAUGGCUCGACUGUGCACGACGAAAGUACUCUGCCUCACGGAGGCCAUGGCGAUAGCGGCUGGGGCCGAUUCGGUGGUCAUUGGGGACUCUCGGAAUUUGUGCAUACGAAGACGGUGAUGAUGAAAAAGUAGUCGUAAUGGGCAACACAUGGGGUAGGGACGUAAUGUAGCAUGUAGUUCAAUGAAUUGAAUUACUUACAACACACGAAGGUCGUGGUUAAAAGUAGAGAAACUACAAGGCUACAGGGCAUCCCCGCUAAAG